AUGGGGUUGCUUCCUUCACUACCAAUGUUUUUCUCUCUAAUCAUGUUUAUUAGCUUUUGUUUUCAUCUCAGUAGAGCCAUAGACUGCGGUGGAAAUCAAGUUCAAAAUACCAUCAUUGUUGACCAACAAGUGGGAAAAGGAAAUUUCGUAACAAUUCAAAGUGCCAUUAAUUCUAUAAAAAUAAAUAACAAUCAGUGGAUUAAAAUUCACAUAAAUCCUGGUAUAUACAGAGUUUAUAUUACUAUUGGAAGACCAUGUGUCAUUUUAGAAGGAUCUGGUAGCAAUGUUACAACUGUUAGGUGGGGUUAUCACCAAAAAGUACCUAGAUGGUUGGCUACAUUUAGUUCAUCUUCACCUAAUGUGAUUGUGAGUGGCAUUACAUUCGAGAACACAUAUAAUUUGGAAGGAGGGUCACAUCAUAUCAAACAAGCAUUGGCAGCUGGGUUUUAUGCAGAUAAAGCUGCCAUCUAUAAUUGUAGAUUUUUGGGUUAUCAAGACACUUUAUUUGCAGCAUUAGGACGCCAUUACUUUAAAAAUUGUUAUAUUCAAGGUGAAGGAGACUUCAUUUUCGGAUCUGGUCAAUCUUAUUUUGAGAAUUGUUUGAUGAAUGCCACAUCAAUAUUGGAAAAUCAAGGGCCAGGUUUUGUGACCGCCCAACGUAGGGACUCACCAAAUGAUCCAAAUGGUUUUGUUUUUAAAGGAGGGUCCAUAGUUGGGAAUGGUCAAAUAAAUCUUGGAAGACCUUGGGGUCCAUAUUCAAGAGUUAUAUUUUGGGGAACAUACUUUUCAUCUGUGGUAACUCCUGAAGGGUGGGAUGCUUGGAAUUACCCAGGACAAGUAAAUCAACUCACGUAUGCAGAAGUCAAUUGUACAGGACCAGGAGCUAAUACUGACUCACGCGUCUAUUGGAUGAAAAAAUAUCUCAGUGAUUCCGAUCUAAAUCAAUAUUCUUUAUCAUCUUUUAUAAAUCAAGAUGGUUGGCUUUCCAAUUUACCACCUAUAUCAUUUUAGUUUAUUUUUUCCAUCUUGAAUUUAGUAUAUUAUAUGGCUAUGUUUUUAUUGUAGAGAUUGGAUCUACCAGUUUUCCACCAGGAAGACAAACAAAAAUGAGAUAGAAAUAAAAUUGAUAAAAUAAUAAAGAA